AAUCCAGAAAAAGAUUUUAUCUUUGAAAAGAUAAAACAAAUUAUAGAAACCCUGUUAACAAAAAGUGAAAAAGAACAAGAAAAAGAAACGUUUCUCUAUCCCGCGCAACCUCUGACAAAUUCGUUCCGUUGCGGUUCUCUCAAAUGCAGUUCCCUGUUCUCGGUCUCGAUUGAUUCCCCAAUCUUCCCAUCUCGAUUUUGAUAGCCCUAGGCCCUAGGCGACUGGCCCUGGCUGACCCGACUCGAACUACCGAUGGAAGAGGAAAAAAGUACCAGCGCCGGCGGCGUUGGCGGCGGCGAACCGUCGAAGGUCUUGCCGAAGUUGGUUACAGCGGGUGACCGGCAAUUAUUCACUGUUGAACUUCGACCAGAGCAGACCACGUAUGUCUCCUGGAGGAAGCUCACAAAAGACGCUAACAAGGUAAAUGGAUCUACCUCCGUGCCCGAGCCGCCUCCCAACGCGCACCCUAACCUCGAGUCUCGCCUCGCUCCCGGACAUCCAUCUGAAAUGGUUGUGAAAGACGAACCUCCUGCUAAUCGUUUCAGUGCAGUUAUUGAGAAGAUUGAACGUCUUUACAUGGGUAAAGAUAGUAGUGACGAGGAAGAAUUGGAUAAUGCUCCUGAUGAUGAUCAGUACGACACAGAAGAUUCUUUUAUUGACGAUGCCGAGCUGGAUGAAUAUUUUGAAGUUGAUAAUUCUGCAGUAAAACAUGAAGGGUUUUUUGUCAAUAGAGGAAAAUUGGAGCGGAUUACUGAUGUUAAAAUGAUGCUGGAUCCUUCUUCAUCUUCGAAAGUUUCAAACGGCAAUACUUCUUUAUCUGUAGCAGAUGCAAGAAAUACUGAAAAGCUGAAGACUGGAGUCUCCCAGCCUAAGAAUGUCCUCAGUAACAAGUCAAAAGAUGCAAACACAUCAUCUGAUGCGGUUCAUCAAAAAUAUGUUGAUAAAAGUGCAUAUCCACAACCGAACCUCCAGACUGGGAGACAAUCAAAUCAUGUUGAUGAAUGGGAAGCAUCAGUUCGGCAGAAAGAAAAGAGUGGUGCACGUGAACUGCCAGAUGUUAAUGCUUCUGAGGGCAGAUACCCUAUGCAAACAAUUAAAACCUCACAUACACACAAAAGGGAUGGUUCUAGUGUUAAAGCCAAGAGUUCAAUGCUUGAACGAGCUAUUAGGGAGCUAGAGAGGAUGGUUGUUGAGUCAAGGCCACCUUCUGGUACAGAAAAUCAAGAGGCAGAUAUUUCAUGUCAGGCAGUUAAGAGGAGAUUGCCAAGAGAAAUAAAACUGAAACUUGCUAAAGUUGCUAGAAUAGCGGCAAGCCAAGGGAAAGUAUCGAAGGAAUUACUCAGUAGACUAAUGAGUAUUCUUGGCCACUUAAUACAGCUCAGAACACUUAAGAGAAACCUGAAAAUUAUGAUUAAUACGGGUCUGUCAAUUAAGCAAGAGAAGGAUGACAAAUUUCAACAAAUAAAGAAGGAAGUUGUUGAGAUGAUAAAGGCACGAGGACCAUCUAUAGAGUCCAAGGUACUUUUCUUUCUCUCUUCUGGUUGGGCCCUGUUGAGAGUUUUGACAUAUAGAUCUUUAGUUUGAUGGGGGAAAGAAGAU